AUAUUUAAGUCUUCUCCGCGGCGCGGAGCCGCGAUGUCUCCGGCGGCUGCGGCGGCUGGAGGUGGCGACCGGCGGCGGCCGAUAGCGAGCGUCAGGGACGCCCGGGGCCGGGGCUGGGGCUUCGGCGGGCCGGCUGGAGCGGCGCUCUUCGGCCUGUCGCUGCUUGGCCUCGUGCUGUACCUGGUGCCGGCGGCGGCCGCGCUGGCCUGGCUGGCUGUGGGGGCUACCGCGGCCUGGUGGGGACUGAGCCGCGAGCCCCGGGGUUCGCGCGGCUUCUCCUCGCUCGUUCGGAACGCGCGGCGCCAGCGAACACUGCUCGCCUCGCCUCCGGCCAAGUCGGCAGUAAACGGAAACCUCCUAGAACCGCGGACCCUGCUCGAAGGACCCGACCCCGCUGAACUGCUCCUUAUGGGUAGUUACCUGGGCAAGCCCGGCCCCCCGCAGCCUGCCCCCGCGCUGGAGGCCAGGGGCCUGCGAGAGAGGCCUGGCCGCCGCCCACCCAUCCGCUCCCCGCCGCCCGCUCACCCGGCCCAUCGCGUUCGCCACAUUCACCCCACUCUCCCCACUCCUCUUCUCCGCUCCCCGAGGACGCCUUCCCGCCGGGAUUGUGGGACUUUAUCAAAUCGGUUUGUAAUAACACCUCGAAGACGAUAUCCAAUCCAGCAGGCCCAGUAUUCCUUUCUGGGGGUACUUCCCACAGUGUGCUGGAAUGGUUAUCACAAGAAGGCUGUGCUGUCUCCUCGGAAUUCCAAAAUGGUGUGCAGCCCAGUGACAGUAAGGAUUGCUCCUCCUGAUGGCAAAUUGACUCGUUCUUCAAUACCAGAGCAGAUAAUCAACUCAACACUGUCCUCACCAUCAAGUAAUGCCCCAGACCCAUGUGCAAAGGAGACUGUACUGAGUGCCCUCAAAGAGAGGAAGAAGAGGACAGUGGAGGAGGAAGAACAAAUAUUCACUGACAGCCAGGAAAAUAAAAGAAGGCGCCACGAUAGCAGUGGGAGUGGACAUUCAGCAUUUGAGCCCCUGGUGGCCAAUGGAGUCCCUGCUUCUUUUGUGCCUAAGCCUGGGUCUCUGAAGAGAGGUCUCAAUUCCCAGAGCUCAGAUGACCACUUGAAUAAGAGAUCCCGCACCUCUUCUGUGAGCUCCUUGACAAGCACGUACACAGGUGGCAUCCCCAGUUCUAGCCGCAAUGCCAUUACCAGUUCUUAUAGCUCUACUCGAGGUUUCUCCCAGCUAUGGAAGAGAAGUGGUCCCAGUUCAUCACCCUUCUCAAGCCCAGCCUCAUCCCGCUCCCAGACACCAGAGAGGCCAGCAAAGAAAAUAAGAGAAGAGGAGCUUUCUCAUCAUUCUAGUUCUUCGACUCCAUUGGUAACAGACAAGGAGUCCCAGGGAGAAAAGGUUGCAGAUGCAGCCACAUGGAAGAAACAAAACUCGUGGAGCUCCCCAUCUACACUUGGCAGCUCUGGACAACGUAAACGGAAGAUUCAGCUGCUGCCCUCCAGACGAGGGGACCAGCUGACCUUGCCUCCACCUCCCCAGCUUGGUUAUUCAAUCACUGCUGAAGAUCUAGACUUGGAAAAGAAAGCUUCGUUACAAUGGUUUAACAAGGUCUUGGAGGAUAAGACUGACGCUGCCUCAAACUCUGUCACUGAGAGCCCACCUACCACUCAGCCUUCUUUUCCUUUUACCCUGCCUGCUUCUGGGACUGCUUCCUCCCCAACCUCCCUCCCAGCCCCAAGCACUAACCCACUAUUGGAGAGCUUGAAGAAGAUGCAGAAUUCCCCAGGCCUACCAUCCUUCCCAGAAUCUGCUGGAGUGGCAACCACUGUGGCCCAUUCACCUCCGAAGACGCCCAGCCUUCUGGCCCCUCUUGGCUCUUCACAGUCAGGGCCCCUUCCCAGCACCUCCUCAGACUCGAAAUCCACAGUCAGUGUCUUGGGGCUGACCCCUGCUUCUUCCACAAUACCAGUUACUGACAUCACCAAGGCACCUCCAGGCCCUCAGGCUGAGACAUCCACCAAAUCCCAAGCCCUGUCUGCCCCAUCCCCCACCCCCAAGCAAAGUAUUCUGUUUGGAAUGCUGAGCAGCCCCCCUGCUAACCCUUCUGCCUCUGCGGCUCCUGUUGUGUCUUCAGCAUCUCCCAUGUUCAAGCCCAUUUUUGCGGCCCCACUUAAUAGCGAGAAUGAGGACCCUUUGCAGUCUAGCCCUUCCAAGGUCACAACCACAGCAUCUUCCAGCUCUGCCCUCCCCACGACUACCAGCACCUCUCCCCCCACUUUUAAGCCUAUCUUUAGCAGCAUGGGGCCACCUACAUCUGUGCCCUUGUCAACUCCCUUCUCCUUCAAUCAAACAACUACUCCAGCCACUACCACAAGCGUCUCUCUCUUCACUGGCCAGGCCAGUGCCACCUCAACAGUGGCUUCUGUGACCACAGCCAGCACAUCUGCAGACUCUGCUCCAAAGCCUGCAUUUGGCUUUGGUGUGAGCAGUGUGAUGAGCACCAUGAGCAGCCUGACUAGCACCACCACUUGUGCUUCACAGCCUUUCCUCUUCGGGACUCCCCCUGCCUCUGGGGCCAGCUUCACCCCAGCUGUGGGCUCCAUAUUCCAAUUUGGCAAGCCUCCUGCCAUGCCUGCUUCAACGACUGUCACCACCUUUGGCCAGUCCCUACCCAGUGCUGUUCAGACAGCCACCAGCAGCAGCACUGCCGGCUUUACUGGUUUUGGCAACACCCUUACCACCUCAGCCCCCGUCACCACCAGCCAGCCGACGCUGACAUUCAGUAGCACUACCACCCCAGCAUUUAACAUUCCCUUUGGCUCAAGCACCAAGCCUCCUCUCCCAGCAUAUCCAGGAGCCAACCCCCAGCCAGCAUUUGGGACCACUGAUGGGCAGCAGCAGGGGGCUACCAAGCCUGGCCUUGCCCCCAGCUUUGGCAGCUCUUUCACUUUUGGAAACUCUGCAGCUGCAGCCCCGACUGCAACUCCAGCGCCAGCCCCUGCCCAGCCAGCCUUUGGCAGUGCUGCACAGUCGGCUUUUGGUGGUUUAAAACCCGCAGCCUCCGCCUUCGGUACCCCUGCCAACACUCAGCCAGCCUUUGGCAGCACCACGGCUGUUUUCUCCUUUGGUGCAGCCACCACCUCUGGCUUUGGAGCUACAACCCAGACCACCAGCAGCGGGACGAGUAGCUCAGUGUUUGGCAGCACAACACCAUCACCCUUCACGUUUGGGGGAUCAGCAGCCCCAGCUGGCAGUGGGGGCUUUGGGAUCAAUGUGGCUACCCCAGGCACCAGCUCAACCUCUGGAGCUUUCAGCUUUGGAGGAGGACAGAGUGGGACCACUGGCAGCACAACCCCUUUUGGGGGAGGCUUGAGUCAGAACACCUUGGGCCCACCCGGCCAGAGCACACCCUUUGCCUUCAAUGUGGCCAGCACGCCUGAGAGCAAACCUGUGUUUGGAGGCACCUCCACACCUACCUUUGGUCAAAACACCCCUGCCCCUGGGGUGGGCACGUCCGGCAGCAGCCUCUCCUUUGGGGCAUCCUCAGCACCCACCCAAGGCUUUGUGGGAGUCGGACCUUUUGGCUCGGCGGCCCCUUCGUUUUCCAUUGGUGCAGGAUCCAAGACCCCCGGGGCUCGGCAGCGACUGCAGGCCCGGAGGCAGCACACCCGCAAGAAAUAGCCUUUGUCCCUUGCCCCCACUCCUCCCACCCCCUGCCCAAAUCUGGACCUCAGCACCUGCUAGGAAGAGCCUCUGACCAACCCUUCUAGUUCCAUGAAGCAAUCCUACCCCAGAUUUCUGGCUUCAGCCACCAGGGAGGUAAUGGCAGCCCUGGGGGCUGUUUCUUCUCGAGGAAGCAGGAACCUCAGGCCUCUUGAAUGAAGGGAAGGCAGGAUGUGGCAGGGCAGAAGCCUGAUGCCUAUACUUGAACAGUUCCACUGGUGAGGCUGGAAAGAACUAAGGAAACAUCUGUACAUACUGUCCACUUACUUCCCUCUUGUUUUGUGUGUAAGCUUAGUCAGGCGGCCUCCUUUCCCACCUUUCCCC